CCCAGUUUUCACAGGCAGGGGCUACCUUGUUCCAUUGUUUUGCUGGCAUUCUGGACUGUUGCCUCCUGUGUAUAUUGGAAUCUACAACACGAACCAUGGCGGAUGAGCAGGAGAUAAUGUGCAAAUUGGAAAACAUCAAGGAAAUUAGAAAUAAGACCAUUCAGAUGGAGAAGAUUAAGUCCCGGCUGAAGUGCGAGUUUGAAUCGCUGGAGUCGGAGGAGAAGCACCUGAAGGAAUACAAGCAGGAGAUGGAGUUGCUGCUGCAGGAGAAGAUGGCUCACGUGGAGGAGCUGCGGCUCAUUCAUGCCGACAUCAACGUGAUGGAGAACACUAUCAAGCAGUCGGAGAGCGACCUGAGCAAGCUGCUGGAGUCGACGCGGCGCCUUCACGAGGAGUACAAGCCGCUGAAGGAGCACGUGGACGCGCUGCGCAUGACCCUGGGGCUGCAGAGACUGCCGGACCUGUGUGAGGAGGAGGAGAAGCUGUCGCUCGACUACUUUGAGAAGCAGAAAGCUGAGUGGCAGACAGAGCCUCAGGAGCCGCCCAUCCCCGAGUCUUUGGCAGCUGCUGCUGCCGCCGCGCAGCAGCUCCAGGUGGCACGGAAACAGGACACGAGACAGACUGCCACCUUCAGACAGCAGCCGCCACCAAUGAAGGCUUGCCUGUCCUGCCACCAGCAGAUCCACAGGAACGCACCGAUCUGCCCUCUGUGCAAAGCCAAGAGCCGCUCACGCAACCCCAAGAAACCCAAGAGGAAGCAGGACGAAUAGGAGCAGAGAUACUGGAGAGGAGCAGAGAUACUGGAGAGGAGCAGAGAUACGGGGCUGCAUUCAUUAAGAACUCACCCCGCUGCUGAAUGUGCACCAUGUCUUUGUGAAGCGAAUACUGAAUUGGUAAAUCUACAGAAGCUGCACAAACAGCUAACGUGCACACAGGAACUCCGAUUAUGGGGUUAUUUAAAGCUUUUUAACAUCCGUCAAUGUUGUUUUUAGAAAAAAAAAAGCUGAUGUUGUCUUAGCACCGUAGUUUAUGCUUUGUGGGUGCAGCUGCUGGUAUUAUUAUUGUGUGAGACUGAAACCCUGGCUUGUGUUGGUUUACCACUGGGGAAGUAUCAAUUAGCUUUGUGUUUUUAUAUA